GGACCCUUAAUGUGGCCAUGAAAGAGUAUUUUAUUCAGAUUCAAGUGCUGGAAAGUUGCGCAAGGCGGCCGUUGGCGUUCACUUCAGUGUGAUGAUAAACAGCUGAUUUUGAUUUUGAUUCUUGCAUGGUAACUCGAUUGUUCCUGACAGAAACAGUGCUAUAUAUCACAGGUGACAUUCUGAAGCUACCUGAAAUAUACGGAAAACAUUAUUGGUAGUGGAUAUUGUAAAUAAGUAGGAAACCUUGACAUUAUACUUUCUCAAAAUUAUGAAACCCAAGUGAAAAGUGGCAGGAGGUACGAGGGUAUUUGCACAACAAAUUGUGCUGCCUAGUAAUCAAGUCUGCAUCCUCAAUUUUGUGAGCCAACUCACUAGCCAAUAAAUUACAGACACCAAUGAUACACCUUUGUAGGGUUACUAGAGAGAGCUACCGGGAUGGACCCUCUCUUCCUUAACCUUGGACUGUCACAGCAGGCAGCAGCAGUGGCUCCAGCAUCUACUCCACCUGUGACGAAUCAAGUUAAUGGCCUGCCACAAGAGUCAAAACUAGCCACAUAUAUAAGUAAUCGUCAACAGCUGGCAACAUCAACACCACAGCAGGAGCAGCAGCAGCAACAACAACAACAAUCUCUCACCAAUAGUGUAGCUGCCUUGAGCCUUGAUGGUGUUGGUACAAGGAAAGUUAGUGUGCCAUCAGUGAGCAGCAUAGCAGAGUUUGUCCCAGGGUCAGGUGGAAGUGGGGGUCUUGCCCAUUCAUCUUCCACCCCAUCCUUCCACUCCUUCUCAGGCCUUGGCUCACCCAGCCUCUCCACUCCAUCCUCCUUGGGUUUUACUCCCAUGACACGGUCCUCGCCGGCAGCAACAGUAGCGUCCCCGCAGCGACCGAUAUCACCUCAGGACUCCCCUAGUAGAGGACGAAUUUCCCCGCAAAGUGGUGGCGGAGAGGAGAACAGCAAUGCUUCCAAUUUGUCCACCUACCAGGAAAAUGUAGGAGGAACAACUUAUUUUUUCACUGCCCAAGACCAGCCAUCUUUUGGAGCCACUGGUGCCACAGCAUCUCCUGCUCCAUUCACAACUGGUCCCCAGCCAACUUUGGUGUUCCCACCUUAUCAUAUUUUGCCGCCCACACCUGCCCAUGUCCACCACUUAAGGGCACCCAACAAUACUCCACACUUCUUCAUGGGUGAUGAUUUGCGGCAUGAAAUAUUAGAAAGGCAUGCAUUGGCUUUGGCACAUGUUGACCCAGAACAGUUCCCUGAUUUGCCACAGGAGAUUGAUAUGUACCAUGAGCUGGUGCCAUUGGAACCUCAACAUGGUGUAAACAAAUCCUCAAUAUUUGGUUAUGCCACCUCUGUGUAUAAGGCAACCAACAUCAAGACUGGUCUACAUUACUGCCUUUAUCGUAUACAUGGAUACCGGCUAAGCAACGUAAAGGUCACUCAGCUAGUAGAUCUGUGGAAAAAAUUGCAACAUUCCAGUGUGACUCAGUUGAGAGAAGUCUUCACCACCAAGGCCUUCAAUGACAAUUCCAUUGUGUUCGUUUAUGACUAUCAUGCUGGAGCAGAGACUCUGGCUGCCCGACACUUCUCCUCUGCGAAUGCCCUAACUGCAAAUGGAUGGGAAGGAAUAGCCAGCUCUCCUGGGGGAAAUGGGGGUAGCACCUCUCAUGACCCCCCUACACGGGGUAUUCACAAAAGCCACCAGCAUAAUUCAGGCAGUAGUCUUCUGCCUGAAUCUACUUUAUGGAACUACAUCAUCCAGCUGACGGGGGCCUUGCGGACGAUUCACACACAGGGUCUUGCUUGCCGUACAUUAGACCCCACAAAAAUCCUCCUCACAGACAACAAGGCGAGAAUUAGGGUCAAUUGCUGUGGAAUUCAUGAUGUGCUGAAUUUUGAUCCCAAUGCUGCCAAAUCCCUUGCUAACAUGCCACAGUAUCAGCAAGAAGACUUGGUAAAUUUGGGUAAGCUUAUGGUAGCCCUCGCAUGCAAUUCGGUGCUAGCCUUACAACGAGACAAUAUCCAAACUGCCCUUGAGCUAAUCAAUCGCUCCUAUUCACGUGACUUAGCGAUGCUGGUGGUCUGUCUUCUAACCUCUCAGCGCAUCAAGAGUAUAAAUGAUGUUAUGCCAAUGAUAGGAGCAAGGUUCUAUACGGCACUAGAAACAGCCACACAGAGAGCUGACACAUAUGAAUCUGAGAUCUCAAAAGAAGUUCACAACGGGCGGCUUUUCCGUCUCCUUACGAAGCUAAACACCAUUGUUGAUCGACCACAACUCCACCUUGAUACAUCUUGGAGUGAAACAGGAGACCGAUACAUGCUGAAGCUCUUCAGAGAUUAUGUGUUUCAUCAGGUUACAGAUGAUGGAAGACCAUGGUUAGAUUUGGCACAUGUAAUAGCAGUGUUAAAUAAAUUGGAUGCUGGUUCCCCAGACAAGAUAUGUCUAAUGUCCCAUGAUGAGCAGAACAUACUGGUUACAUCAUACGCAGAACUGAAGCGGUGCUUUGAGAGGUCUUUUGCUGAACUACUUCAAGCUGCCUCAUCUCACAAGACCACAAUGUCCUAGCAAUGUCUUAUUUGCUUGUGGUUGCUUCCCCAUUCACUGUUGCAUUAGAAGUGAAGGGGAUCAAUUAAUAUUUCAUCUGUUGUUAUGGUUUGGAGAUACCAAGCCUUAUACAAGCUACCACUGGACACACAAUAAGUAUGCAGUUGUGAACAUGGUAAGCUUAGUGAUCAUGGUCCUUGGACCACUCGCCCAAUAUUGGUCUCUCCAUUAGAGGCAUUAUAUUGAAAUUUCAAUAAUACUGUCCAAUUUUCAUAAUCACAGAUGAUGUCAUGUGAAUUCCAGUUACUGUGUUUCACCAGGAAGGUAAGCCACCCAUCAUCUUCACCAUGUCACUUCACCAAGUUUAAGGUUCUGGUAUGUUGUUCAUCUUGUGAUGGAUGAACAAGUUGGUUUGUAGUAUCUACAAGUGACACAUGAUGAUUCCUGUUAGUGGAGUAUCUGUUUUUAAAAAAAAAAUGUUAACAUGUACACCACAGUGGUGUCAGGUUACCACAGGUAAUUAAACUCUUGUUAAUUUGGCUUUUAGUUAUUGGCAGCUGAUUUCACCUAGAGAAGUUCUGCAUAUAAACAAGUACGUACGAUACUAAUAGUAAAAGCUAAGAAAUAUAGAUUAAACACGUUUAACAUAAAAGGCAAAAUAAUUUGUAAAUAGGUGGUAUAUCAGCAAAAGGAGAAGGGGGAUAGUUGGGAUAUAUUAUUAUGAUUAUUGGUGAGAUGAGUUUACCUACAAUAUUUUUAAUACACAUAAGCCUCAGUGUCAAUGAGUCAUAUUCAUUUGAGUAUGUCUGAGAUUGCUGUUUUUAUGUAAGAAAUCAUUUAGUAUUUAAAAGAACCAAGCGAUUGAAAAAUACUUAAUUGUUUUUAUGAAAAGUGGGGGAAAUGUUUGAAAAAACUGUGAAGUAGAUAAUGCCAGUUGAAAAGCAAAAGAAUUGAUGUUUGCAUUUUCUGUGAUAGGUGUGGACCUGGACUGCCUACAGUGGCAAAUAUUUCCGAUCAAAACGACACUCUCUACUCUUGUGUUUUAUUUAUUGUGUCAGACUUUUAUAAUGAGAUACAGUGAUAUGAUGCAUCUCUUCAGUGAAAUUUACUUCACUUACACUUGACUUUGAUCCUCAGUACUGUGAUUAAUUUUGCAAUAUUGAAUAAGCAAUAGCUUGACUUUGUAUUGUACUAAAAUAUACAGGGAUUACAUACACCAACUUCUGUGAAGUGAAAGAUUUUACUGAAUAUUAUCAGUAAGAAGUUAUUGGUAACUGAGUAGCACAAAAUCAGUGUACAGUACCGUACAGGUACUUACAAAAUUGUUAAGAAAGUAAUUGAAGAUAAGAGUAAUAUAAGAAAACAUUAUAUCACCCCAAUUGUAUCAGAUGGUAACUUUAGACUAUAUUUUAUAUUGUUAGGUAUUAAAGAGUAUUACAGUAUUUAUUUUUGUGAGGCAUAGUGAAUGCUCGACAGGGUUUUAGUCAGGUCUUGGUGUGGUUAUCUGUGACUUGGACUUAUUUUUCACUUUAAAACAAAAGUUCUCAUUUACUGAUAUCAGCUUUUCAAGAAAAUUUUUAUUGAUUUAUUUUUCACAUUUCUAGUUGCUGUAUGUGGAACCAUUAAUAUUCUAUUAUACUUAACAUUUUUAUGAAUUUUAAUCAUAUUGGUUUUCCAUUCUUUAUGAUUUAUCCAAAAGAAAAGUUUCCCUUGAAUAUUACAGGAGUGAAUGGUAUUAUUAAAGAGAUCUGUCUGUCUAUGAAUGUGCAUAUAUCUCCAUAUAUUAAGUACAGUAUGUAUUUCCUUGUAGGAUGCAGCAUGGAAUUAUCAUACACCUGACAACCAACUUUAUACACACUUUAUUACGUCUAAUUAGGUUACUUCACUGCAGCCUUAACCCUUUGAGUGCAUAAUUUAAUUUUGGGCUGGUUCCCUUUGGAGUGUGAAUUAUUCAUCAAAAAAUGAAAUUAGCAUUAAAAAAAAUUUCACAACUUUUUCAAUAUCAGAUGAGGGUCUGUUUUCUACCUCUUGCACAAAAAUUACCCGAUAGUUUUUGUGUUUUCGGAAAUCUCAUAAUUUCCGUAAAAAUUUAUUAAAUUCGUCAUCCCGUAAAAUGUACAUAAUAGGAUUGAAAGAAGUCCAUACACAGCUAAUGUACUUGUUUUUUAUAAAACACCUUUUAAACAUUUGCAUUUAUUUUCUCUAAAUAAAAAUUUAUCCUUGUACAAAAUACUGAAAGCUAAAGAGCUAAUUAUUGCAGAUUUUUCUCCACAUUAUGAGUAACUAUUAAUUUUGCAAUUAUGACUUGGAAGAAAAAAAUAUGGCAACGUGAUCAUCAUAGACAGGUAUUUUAUCUAAUAUAGUACCAAAAAUAAGUAAAUGAAUAAAAUAAUAAAUAAAAAACAUAAGAACCUCUGACAAUGAUUGAUAAUCAAUAAUAACUUAAUAAAAUUCAUACAUCACGAACUGACUCAUCAAUCAAGAAAAUAAUGCACAUAAAAAACACACAAGAGUUAAAUGGUGUCAUCAGGGUUAAAGGGACCACGUGUGUCACGCAGCAGCUGAUUUCAAGGUCACUCGAGCUGUUCGCUUCUUCCCACCUUUUCAAUGCUACUGCAUUCUUAACAGAUUUAUAAAUGAAUAUAAAACUUGCAUAUUAGUAUCCGAGGGAUAAUAUUCCAUAAGUAAAUAAAAGAAUUAAAAUUCAAACCCCAUAAAUGCAAAUAGUAAACAAAACAUGUGAGUGAUAAAUGAAACACACGAGUAUUCUGAUUUUUCUUGUCACCUCAGAAGUAAAGAUUUAGCUUAUAUGUGUUAGUAUAUCAAGUGAUAAAUACUGUACUAAUGAAUACGUGUGUGAAGUAUAAUAAAUUAAACCAUCAGUACAUUAAGAGAAUUAUAGCGCUACUUUCCAUGUGGGGUGUCAGCUGAUGAACAUGUAAACAAUGAGCUGUAGUAGUGUUUCUAUCGCAUAGCAGCACACAUCCAACUGAGGCACCGAUUUUGAAAACGAGAAGAUAUUCCUACUCUUUGUACUGUGGGGAAAAGUUUUUCUGAUGCCAUGGAGUAAAUCCGCUUUUCACUCAGUGGUAAUAAAUAUUCGGGAGGAUAUAUCCACUUAUUGCACUCAAAGGGUUAAAAGCCUCAGGAUACAUGUAACACUAUCUUGAAAAAAUCAGGACACAGAUUGCUUGUAUUUUAUUAGUAUUGGGCAAGUACAGUAUUGUAGUCAAGAAUGAUGGUUCUCUUUGAUAUACUGCACAUGUAUAGGCGAGCAGAAAAUUUGAAAGAAUAUGCCAACAAUGCAGGUACCCCUCUUAUACUACAUUUUAUUUUUAUAUGCCAAUCCUAUGGCCAUACAUUUGUUUAGAAAUUCUGAGAAAUACAAAGAAUCAUAACAUUGAAUUUAAAAAGUUAACUAAUAUGUUAUCCUACAAAAGGGGGAGGGGACAGAAUCGUAUUGUCCAGUAAAACACUCCAAAAGGUGGCUGUUAUCUGGGGAUCCUGUACAGAUAUUGCCAUGAUCUGCACAUUUUUGUUCAUUGUAAGAAGCCUAAAUGUGUAGAUACCACCCAUGAAAUGUUCUUUACUCAC